GACGGCAUUAGAGUGAAGUAUGUCGUUUGCGGGAAAACUUGUCCUAAAUAUAGUAUCGAGAUUAUUUCUGACUUCACGUGUCGCGCUAUCCCAAAAUCUAAACACAUUACGAGUAUACUGUAUACGAUUUGAACGUUUAUUGUGUGAUUUUAACCAAAUGAUCCUUAGCGAAUUAAUUACGGUAAUAAUUGUAAGAAGUUAACCGUUUUAAAAUGUUCAUAAAUCCUUUUUGGUGUUUUGGUGAUGUUAUUGCGAUUUUUUGAAAAUACAAUGAUUAGAAUUGAUUUAAAAGUAUUAUUUACAUUGCUGGUGAUAGCACGAUGCGCUUUAUCGAAUCAACCAAAUGUUGGUGGCAUCUUUUACAGUAACGAUGAAGAUCUAAAAGUCGCUAUGACUGUUAGCGCAAAAUUAUUUAACUUUACAGCUCUCAUAAAAGAGGUCAGCAAACGAGGGGACAUUCUUGAGAUAACUCGUCACGUCUGCGAUCUAGCUGAAAACGGCGUCGUUGGAAUUAUAGAUGGAUUGGGCGGCAAAGCGACAGAACACUUACAGGGAAUAUGCGACAUUUUAGAGCUUCCUCUUAUUAAUAUUCAACACAACGAUUUGUAUGUGAAGAACUGGUCGCUUAUCAAUUUAUAUCCAAGCCCAGUAGCAUUUAAUAUGGCUUUAGAACAAUUAAUAACAAAAAAGGAAUGGUUGAACUUUACGUUAUUGUACGUUAAGGGCCACAGUUUGUCACAGGUGCAAAGUUUGAUGAAAAUGGGUCAGCCUACCGAGAGGGUUACAGUCACGGUGCGAGAAUUAAGUGGCAACGACUACAGGGAAGUGUUAAUAAACACGAAAAAAAGUGGCCACACAAACUUCGUGGUAGACUGUCCUUCAGGUUACUUGGAACAGAUCCUGAGGCACGCGCAGCACGUCGGCCUCAUGGCGGACGAACAUUCAUAUGUUUUCGUGUCACCCGAUUUGUUUACUCUGGACCUUCAUCGGUAUAGAUAUGGCGGUGUUAACAUGACAGGAUUUCAGCUAAUUGAUCUGUUAAUGAAGGAGCAGCUGUAUGAGUUUAUAUCAUAUUACAAUGAGGAGUCAGGAGAAACUCUAGCACCUGAAAAUCUGAAGACUAAGGUUGUACUUAUUCAUGACGCUAUUUUAAUGUUAUACCAAGCAAUGACAAAGGUGAACGUGGUGCCGGCGAGUAUUAGUUGUGAUAACUACGAGUCCUGGACUUAUGGCACGACAUUGCUUAAUGUUAUGAAAACGAAUAAAAUUGAGGGUAUUACCAGAAAUAUGAUCUUCGAUGGCUUCGGUCAGAGAAAUAACGUUACAAUGGAUAUAUUGGAGUUAACGCCAGCUGGAAAUCAGACUAUAGGUACGUGGAAAAAUGACGAGCUUAUUAUAUCAAGGCCUUACAUAACAGCCGCUGAAAUUGCAUCGGAAACGAUUAUGAGAAAUAAAACUUUCAAAGUGUUAAUUUCUAAGACUGCGCCAUAUGGUUACGAAAAGAGAUCUUCUAAUCAUCUAGAGGGCAAUGAUAGGUAUGAAGGUUUCACAAUAGACCUGAUUGAAAGAAUUGCCGAAAUAUUGGGUUUUAACUAUGACUUCGAACUUGAAGAUGACUACGGUGGGUUAAAUCCGACAACUCAUAAAUGGACGGGCAUGAUAGCGAAACUUAGUGAUGAGAAAGCAGAUUUUGCUAUUUGUGACUUUACAAUAACAGCAGAGAGGCAGAGCGCAAUUGAUUUUUCCACACCGUUUAUGACAUUGGGUAUUGGUAUACUUUAUAAAGAACCCAGUAAGCAGCCUCCAGAAAUGUUUUCUUUUAUGGCCGUGUUUUCUAAGGAGGUAUGGUAUUAUAUGAUGUUUGUACAAAUUGGUUUGGGAGUAAUUAUGAUAUUCGUCGGUCGGAUAUCCCAUAAGGAAUGGCAGAAUCCCGUCCCUUGUAUUGAACAACCGGAAGAGUUAAGCAAUCAGUUCAGUUUUGCGAACUCGGUCUGGCUUAUCAUUGGAUCCGUUAUGCAACAGGGUUCUGAAAUCGCACCCAUUGCUUUGGCUCCACGUAUAAUAACCAGCGUGUGGUGGUUCUUUACGAUGGUAAUGGUGGCUUCUUAUGUGGGCACACUCGUGGCCUUUCUUACUGUAGAAAAAAAUGUCCUGCCAUUUGAAAAUGUUAAAGAACUUUACGAACACAAAUCCAUUUCCUACGGAGCUAAGAGCAAGGGGUCAACGAUAUCAUUUUUUAAGAACUCAUCUGUUCCUGAAUAUAAAAAAAUGUACGAAAAAAUGGAGAAAAACGGUUGGCUUGUGGCUGAUAAUGAUAUAGGAGUCAAAUUAGCAGAGACAAAGACAUAUGCAUUUUUCAUGGAAUCUACCUCUAUAGAAUACACCACCCAAAGACACUGUGAUCUGCUCCAAGUGGGUGGAUUGCUUGACUCCAAGAGUUAUGGAAUUGGUAUGAAAAAAGGUUCCCCGUAUAAAAAAUACAUAGAUGAAGCUUUGUUGAAACUUAAAGAAAGCGGUGAGAUAAAAAAGCUCAAGGACUUAUGGUGGAAAGAAAAAAUGGGAGGGGGCAAAUGUAGCGAAAAAAGAGAUGAAGAACAGAAACAAUUGGGAAUGAAGAAUAUGUUGGGAGCGUUCGUAGUCCUCGGCGUGGGUUGUUUGAUUGGUAUAUUAAUUUCAACACUCGAUAUGUUAUGGGGUGUGUUCAAGAGAUCAGUUAAAUAUAAUACGACAUUCAAGUAUGAGCUGAUUGAAGAAUUAAAAUUUGCACUUAAAUUCAACGGAGAUAUCAAACCACUCAAGCGGCCGCCAAAGACCGGCAGUGGUAGCGCCGAAGCCCUAGCUGACAUAGAAGGAAAGGACGAAAUCACAUCACUGCGGUCGCUCCGGUCAGCUAAAUCCAGUGACUCACACAGGACUCACCACUCACAUUGUUCAAAGCAUUCCUCUGGGGGCUUGAGUGUAGCGUUUGCUCGACGUAGAGAUUAUUCUUAAAAUAUUUAAUAUAUUAUAAUAAUCAACAUA